UGCCAACCGCCAUACAAAGAAGAAGAAGUAGCAGCAGCAGAAGAAGAAAAAGUUGUAUUCAAACAGAAACACACGCCAUGUGGUUUCUACAGACUUUAGAUGCAUUUCAGGUUGUUACUUUUCUCAUAGUUUGAAUGAAUGAUUCGACAGUUGUUAUUUCACCGCUGGUUUUCUGCCGAUAACCGGGAAUAGAGUGGAAAAAUAUGUGAAUCGUUCAGGCUUGUUUCUCACAUUUUCAACGUUUUUCGUUUUAAUUAUGAAAAUGAGCGAAGCAGCAAUUGAAGAUGGUGAAUCAGGGGCUGAAUCUACAGGAUGGACGCAGGAAAACCUCCAGAAGCUCGUUGCUUCUCUGAAAGACACCGUCCCAGAGAAUGACAAAACGCAGACUUAUGGUCAUGGAUUGAAAGCUGUAGACUGGGAUAAAGUUGCAUUCCCCCCGUUUUCUGCAGGUGAAUGCCAUGAGAAAUGGAACAGCCUGAUGAGGAAGAUGCGCAGAUGUCGCAGCCUUCCUGAUCUCCUUGAUGAAGCUGAAGAUUUGCUUUCAAACCCCUUCUGUGACAAAAAUAUUCACCCAGACCUCCCAAAACCGCCUGAUCCUCCAAAAAUUGCUUAUAUUAGGAAGAAAAUUACCAGGUAUGCGAGGAAAAAUCCAGGGGUGAACGUACGGUUAAUGAGAAAGACCUUUUCCAAGAAGUAUGAAAAACUCUCAGACGAAAAGAAAGCUAAAUAUGCAAAGAAGUACAGCGUUGCAUUUGAAGAAUACAGCAGAAAUAUACAGACCUUCUGCAAAGACAACAAUCUGCAUCUUCCUAUAAAGGAGAAUGAGAAGGAGAAGAAGAAGAAGAAGAAGAAGCAGAAGAAGAAGAAGAAGAAGAAAAAGGGAAGGAUCUUCCCUGAAGAUGAAGGUGAAGGAUGCAGUAAAUACAAAGGUCUUCCUCAGAAACCACCUGGGAAUGGUUAUACUCUGUUCCUCAUAGAACACUCUGCAGCAGGCAAAGGAGGCGAGACUUCACAUGGAGCGAGUUUUAUUCGGGUUAUGAGUCAACACUGGAAAGAAUUGAGUGAAAAUGAGAAACAGAAGUACAAUAAACGCUGUGCAGAGAUGAAGAAAAACUACGAAGAAACGCUGAUGAACUAUCUGGGUAAGUUAAAUGAGGAGGAGAAGAAGCAGAUCAUUGAGGAAAAAGGAAUCAAAAUCCCAAAGAAGACUCCGGACCGAUACAUCAGACUACCGGGUGAGCCGAAGAUGCCCCCCCAAUCUGGGUUUAUAUAUUUUCACUCGGAUAUGUUGAAACAUGCCUGGAAAUCUAUACCAAGAAAAGAGCGUAUGGCAAGGGCCAAGAAAGAGUGGCACGAGCUCUCAGAAAGGGAGAAGAAUCGAUAUGCUGAAAUAAUUGAGGAAAAUAUGAGAAAAUACACAGAAGAGCUGCGAGCGUGGUUCCAGACGCUGACUCAAAAGGAUCAGAUGGUUUACUUGAAGAAAAAACCUGAUAAGGUUAUUUUUCUCCAGAAACAUAUAGACGCCAUAGAGGAUUCUCAUAACCUAUCUUCAGACGUAAAGGAUGAGAAGACAAGUAGAACGAAAGGACGUAGAAGAAAGAAGAAAUUGUUGAGAGCGAAACUAAAAAGGAUGGCAACAGGUUCGAGGCGUAUGAUUGAUUACAAAUCCAGAUGGAGGAUUCUCAACCAACUGGUUUCUAUGAUGGACGCCAGGAAGAAAACGCCACCCAGGAGAGGCGGUGCUGUGUUAACUUUCUGCAGGUUGGCAGAUGCAGAGCUGAAGUUCAUGCACUGAAAAAAAAAAUCUAAAUAAUGCCACACAGAAAUCGUUGGCUUGGACUUUGCUUAUAAUGUGUUUCCAACUACUGGACAUAAGAAUGUUUACAUAUUUUCAUGCCAUUCAUAAGGAAAAUGUUUUUUUUAUUUGAAUUACAUAAAGUUAAAGAAGUAGCUUUAAUGAAGCCUAAUUUUUUUUUCUGUUUUUAGAUGUACCUCUCCAACAGAUUUGUUUGUUGUUGCUACUUUAUGAUCCAGCAAAUAUGUGCCAAUAAAAUAAAAUAAAUAUUUAUGUUUUUUUA